GGAGGGGCGGGGGAGGAGGUAGGCGCGCGGCGCCGCACGGCCGACGUGGGGCUCGCGCUCUCGCGGUCUCUCCCAGGCGGGUGCGCGGGGACGCGCACUCACGGGUGCGCGCGCGGACGGCCGGGCGGCGGCGGCUCCCGGAGGUGGUGGCUUCACUUUCCAGGACUCUGGAGCAGCCACAGCGACAGCCGCGGGCAGCAGCCUCAGGAGCCGGUGCUGGAACGGCCGGGGGCGGCGGCAGCGGCGGCGCUGAGGGAUCUAAAAUGUCCACUGAGGCACAGAGAGUUGAUGACAGUCCAAGCACUAGUGGAGGAAGUUCCGAUGGAGAUCAACGUGAAAGUGUUCAGCAAGAACCAGAAAGAGAACAAGUUCAGCCCAAGAAAAAGGAGGGGAAAAUAUCCAGCAAAACUGCUGCUAAAUUGUCAACUAGUGCUAAAAGAAUUCAGAAGGAACUUGCAGAAAUUACAUUGGACCCUCCUCCCAACUGUAGGUAAGGCAUUCCCAGCGGAAAUGGGAAGAGGCUGUGAGUGGACAUAAACUGUGUCAUUUUACUAAUCAUGGGAGCCAUUUUAUAGAGGAAAGUGUGGUUUUUUUAGGUGGUAGUGGUUGUUUUUUUGAGACAGAGUCUUUCUCUGUUGCCCAGACUGGAGUACAGUGGCACCAUCUUGGCCCACUGUGACCUCCACCUUUCAGGUUGAAGCAAUUAUCCUGCCUCAGCCUCCUGAGUAGCUGGGACUACAGGCGUACGCCACCAUGCCUGGCUAAUUUUGUAUUUUCAGUAGAGAUGGGUUUCAUCAUGUUGGCCAGACUGGUCUCGAAUUCCUGACCCCAAGUGAUCCGCCCUCCUUGGCCUCCUAAAGUGCUGGGCUUACAGGUGUGAGCCACUGCGCCCAGCCGAGAAGUGUAUUUUCCAUAUCAUAGUAACUAAAAUGGUAUGUAGGGAAAGUGUGUGUUGGGGGGGUAUUUUUUGAAAUUAUAGAGUAGGAAGGUAUUGAGACAGAAGUUGGAAACAGUGUCUGUCUGUGUGAUCUCUACAAGGAACAACCAAUGCAAAAUCUAAUUAUUGUCACUGUUUUUCUUCUCUGGUUAUUGUAAUAUUUGUACAGCAGUUUUUAACUCUUGAAGGAUUUCUGUAUGUGAUGUCAUUUAGUCUUUUCAACCAGUCUCUAAAACUCCUGAGAUUAAGUAACUUGUUCAAGGUUGCCUCAGCUUCCUAAAGUGUUGGAAUUACAGGUGUGAGCCACUGCACCCAGCUGGGAAAACAUCUUUAAGGAAGGGUGUGGACUUGGCUUUGAAGAAUGGGUGGGAUUUGGAAAGGUAAAAGGAAAUGGGGAUUGGCUUUAGGUAAGAGAAUGAAUGGGAGCAGAAACGUAAAAGGGGAGAAUUUAGUAUAGUUAUUCUUGGGACAGUGAGUUUGGCCCUCCUUCCCAUGUAGGAGGUAAGAUUUGUUAGGACUUUCUAGGAAGGGUGUUAAAAUUACCAGUUGCUAUAGUUUGAGGUAUAAAUACUGAGUAAAAGAGAAUGAAAUUGAAGUUUCGAUUUAAAAAAAUCAUGUCAUAGAAACUAAUUUGUAAUAUGGAGUAGAGAAAGAUAUAAAGAGUUUGGGAAUCCAGUAAGAAAAGUGUUGCAUUAAUAUAGGUUCAAGGUAUAUAAGACCUGGUGAUGUGAUACUAGGAAGACCAAAAAAAAAAAAAAAAAAACAGUGGAAAUGGGAGACAUUUUUGGACUGGCCCACCUUGUUGAUGGUGUGGUUUUGAGAAACAAAGUUAAUGAUGUCAAGGAUGACUUUAAAGAGUGUAAUAUUUGUAGACUAGAAUGGUGAUACUAUUGGCAGAAACAGAUUUGUCUCUAUUUAUGGCCUCUACAGAUUUUAAAAUUGAUAAUACAUCCCUUUUUGUUUAGUUUGGCUGCCUGGAAACUCAUAGCCUUAUUUGCUCCUCAGUGUUAGUAAUUAAUUGCAUUUUGUAUGGAAACCUCAACUCUCUGGUUGUAUUUUUGUUUUUCUACCCUUUUCCCUCUUGUAUAUCCAUAUCUUCAUUUGUACUUUCAUACUACAUACAUUUUUGUAAGCCAGCUCAGAGUCUUUUGGAGGGAGGCAUAUUAUUGGUAAACGUACAAUAUGAAUAACUGAAAGUUUAUGUGAAUGUGUAUUGGUUAGCAAAAUGCUGGCAUAGUUUUUAAGAGGAGUCAUUAACAUGAUAAAAUUUAAAUAUACAUUGAGGACCUAUGUUAUUUAUUUAGGGUACUGAAUUAUUUGUAUCCAUCCCUUCUUCCUUUAUCUAAAACAGGUAAUGAGGAAUAUUUUUAAUUCAAUCCUGUGAGUUCUUGACUCAGUUGCUACAGUGUUGACUGGUUUUGGAUAGACUUUUUGAAGACAAAAAAACUUUAAAUGACAUUAGAAAUACGUGUACUAAGUGACUGGAACAGUUAGCAAGAAUGGAGUAGCACCUGCAGGUAGGAUAGCUGCAGAGUUGGAGUAUGUGUACUGUGUGAGAGAGAGUGAGAGAGCAUGGUCUUACCUUAUGUUCCAUUGGCAGUUCAAAAUUUCAAGUUUGAAGCUUGUUUAUAUUCUCAUUUCUGUACUUUCUUUUAUAAUUUUUAAAAUGAGCCCCUUCAUUACUGCCAAGAGUAUAUUUUCUUUUUGCCUUUACCUUGAGGCUGACUUUUCACCUGAGGUACAACCAGCAUAGAACUUUAAAAGGCUGGCUGCUUGUUAUUUCAAAUGGGGAACUUUAUGUAUAGUUGUUUGCUGUCAUGUACCUGUACUUCAAAACGGUAUUAAGGGAAGACAUAACUGUCUCAAUAAAAUCACCA